CGUCCCGUCCCAUCCCGUCCCGCCGCCCCGGCUGAGGCCGCACAAACUUUCCCGCCCCCGCGCGGAGCCGCGUCUCGCCCGCGGAGCGCCGGGGAGCGGCGUCGUGCCCGGCGGACACCGCGACCCUCACCGCGGCGGCGCGGCGGGGCGCGGAGAGGCGGCGAGGCGAGGCGAGGCGAGGCGCGGCGCUCCGGCGGCCCCGCGGCGCUUCCCCGUGGGCCCGGCAGGCGCCGCUGUGCGGCCGCGGGCUGCGGGCGCCGUCGCGGAGCGGCGCGGUGCCCCGGCGGCGGCUGGCAGCGCGCUCGGCGCGGCGCGGCGCGGGCAGCGCGGCGGCGGCGGCGGCGGCGGGGCACCAUGAGCCAGGCGCAGCCCUACGCGCCGCGGAGGAGCAGCUCGCCGGCGCCGGGCGCCCGGCGCAACGACAGCCAGGACUACCUGCUCCUCGACGCGGAGCCGGGCGAGGAGGGCGCGCUGCCGCCCUACGCCGUCUACCCCGCCCGAGGCAAUGAGAACAGACUGGCACUACGGCGACAGACCAUUCUCCGGGAGAAGGGGAGGAGGCAGACCAGUCGAGGGCCAGCAUAUAUGUUUAAUGACCGCUCAACAAGUCUUUCUCUUGAAGAGGAGCGCUUUUUGGAUGCAGCAGAAUAUGGGAAUAUUCCAGUGAUUCGUAAAAUGCUGGAAGAAUGCUCCUCACUCAAUGUAAACUGUGUGGACUAUAUGGGACAGAACGCCUUGCAGCUGGCAGUUGCCAAUGAGCACUUGGAGAUCACAGAACUUCUGCUGAAGAAGGAGAACCUGUCUCGGGUUGGGGAUGCCUUGCUUUUGGCUAUUAGCAAAGGUUAUGUUCGGAUAGUAGAAGCCAUCCUAAAUCACCCCGCAUUUGCUGAAGGCAAGCGGCUUGCAUUAAGUCCUAGCCAGUCAGAGCUCCAGCAUGAUGACUUCUAUGCAUAUGAUGAAGAUGGAACACGAUUUUCCCAUGAUGUUACACCAAUCAUUCUGGCUGCUCACUGCCAUGAGUAUGAAAUUGUCCACACACUGCUGAGGAAAGGGGCUCGGAUCGAUAGGCCACAUGACUAUUUCUGCAAGUGCAGUGAAUGCAAUCAGAAGCAAAAGCAUGACUCUUUCAGCCAUUCUAGGUCCAGGAUCAAUGCCUACAAAGGUCUGGCCAGCCCUGCUUAUCUCUCUUUGUCUAGUGAAGACCCAGUAAUGACUGCCUUAGAACUCAGCAAUGAGUUGGCGGUGCUUGCCAACAUUGAAAAAGAAUUUAAGAAUGAUUACAAAAAAUUGUCUAUGCAAUGCAAGGAUUUUGUAGUUGGACUCCUUGAUUUGUGCAGAAAUACAGAAGAAGUGGAAGCAAUUUUGAAUGGUGAUGUCGAGAUGAACCAUAAUAAUGGAGAGCAUGGCCGCCCCAGCCUUAGCCGCUUAAAACUCGCCAUUAAGUAUGAAGUAAAAAAAUUUGUAGCACAUCCAAACUGCCAGCAGCAACUUCUCUCAAUCUGGUAUGAGAAUUUGUCAGGUCUACGACAGCAGACCAUGGCAGUGAAGUUUCUAGUUGUUCUUGCUGUUGCUGUGGGACUGCCGUUCCUGUCCAUGGCUUACUGGAUUGCUCCUUGCAGUAAGCUGGGGAGGAUCAUGCGUGGACCAUUUAUGAAGUUUGUAGCCCAUGCGGCCUCUUUCACCAUUUUUCUUGGCCUGCUUGUCAUGAAUGCAGCUGACAGAUUUGAUGGCACCAAACUCCGACCCAAUGAAACAACAGGCAAUGUAAAACAGCUGUUUAGGAUGAAAACGUCCUGUUUCUCAUGGAUGGAGAUGCUCAUUAUUUCUUGGGUAAUAGGCAUGAUAUGGUCUGAAUGUAAAGAAAUUUGGUCUCAAGGUCCAAAGGAAUACCUUUUUGAGUUAUGGAAUAUGCUUGAUUUUGGUAUGUUAGCAAUUUUUGCAGCAUCAUUCAUAGCAAGGUUUAUGGCAUUUUGGCAUGCGUCCAGAGCCCAGAACUUCGUUGAUGCAAAUAUGAAGGAUCUGACAAGUCCCACACUGGAGCCCAACAUAAAAUACUACACUUUGGCCAGAAUAAAUUGGGAUCCGUCUGAUCCUCAGAUCAUAUCUGAAGGCCUGUAUGCAAUUGCAGUAGUAUUAAGUUUCUCCAGAAUAGCCUACAUCCUGCCAGCUAAUGAAAGCUUUGGACCCCUGCAGAUAUCACUUGGCAGAACUGUGAAAGACAUCUUCAAGUUCAUGGUGAUAUUUAUCAUGGUGUUUGUGGCUUUCAUGAUAGGGAUGUUUAAUCUAUAUUCCUACUAUCUGGGAGCAAAAAAAAAUGAAGCAUUCACAACUGUUGAAGAAAGUUUCAAGACGUUGUUCUGGGCUAUAUUUGGACUCUCAGAAGUUAAAUCAGUUGUCAUCAAUUAUAAACACAAAUUUAUUGAAAAUAUCGGUUAUGUCCUUUAUGGAGUCUAUAAUGUUACCAUGGUCAUUGUCUUACUGAACAUGCUCAUCGCAAUGAUCAACAGUUCAUUCCAGGAAAUUGAGGAUGAUGCUGAUGUAGAGUGGAAAUUUGCAAGGGCUAAACUUUGGUUUUCUUACUUCGAAGAAGGGAGAACUCUUCCAGUACCCUUCAACCUAGUGCCAAGCCCAAAAUCUUUGCUAUAUCUCUUACUGAGGAUCAAAAAAUGGAUCUCUAAACCAUUUCUGUGCCAAAAGAAAAGUUUUCAGGAGGAUGCGGAGAUGAACAAGCUCGGUCAAAGGAAGCAGUCAAGUAUAAGAAGCUCAGAUGAAAUCCACUUAAACAGUUUAAACAAUCCUCCAAGACAGUACCAGAAAAUAAUGAAACGUCUCAUUAAAAGAUAUGUACUGAAAGCUCAGAUAGAUAAAGAAAGUGAUGAAGUCAAUGAAGGUGAACUGAAGGAAAUUAAACAGGACAUCUCAAGUCUCCGUUAUGAACUCCUUGAGGAAAAAACUCAAAAUUCAGAGGACCUGGCAGAGCUCAUAAGGAAGCUUGGGGAAAAACUGUCAAUUGACUCUAAGGAAGAAGAAAACAGGAGAUAGCCUAAACAUUUUAGAAGUGCAACAAAACGCUAACAAUUCACUUAAAGCCAUAUUUCUGUUUUUCUGAAGUCUAGCUCACAUUUCUACAACAGAUUCAGAAAUAAAAUCAUUUCAGCUCUUUAUGGAAACACAGUGGCAAAUCCUCUGUGUCUAUGGUAGAGAGGAAAUAUCACUUGAGUAAAGGUAUUUAUUUAUUCUUUGCCUGCUGAAGAAGAGUUAAUUUUAGCUCAUUCUAAUAUUCAGCUUACCUCUUUUAGAAUGCCAGUGGAGUCUUGAUAAGCCCAGUCACUGAGGACUAAAAGCAUAAAGCUAAACUUUUCCUGCAUUAACCAGUUAUUUUUGCAAAUUUCCAUUUGCAGACAUUCAUGCAUAUAGUUUAACGAAGCAAAAGAGGAGAAUUCCAGGCUUUUAGAUAUUUGUAUCAAAAUCUAUUUAGUUUUUCAAAAGAAAUCAUUCCCAAAGAGAAAAAAAAAAAAAAAAAAACCAACUGCCUUUCAAAAUUUGCAGGAUAUUGAAGUAUCUUAUUUGAAUGUUUCCUUGAAGAGGUAGGUAGUUGGAUACUCAGAGCACUGUGUUAUAUUCUUCCCUACUUAUCUCUCUGUUACCACUGAACUGUCCUGUCGGAUACCUAGGUUCUAAUGGGAGGUAGUGAACUAAGAAAGAAAUAUUUUUCACCAAGUUUAUUGAAAAGCUCUUACUGAGGCCUGAAGAAAACUCCUUUAAUCCAGAUGUAAUUUAUCCUUGAAGUUCUCAUCUGUUUAAGAAUUCCAAACUUCUCCAGCUUUUAUGUUGUGAACUAAACCCCUCAAGAUGCAGGGAGGUUUGAAUGUAAAUCUGUUAACAUUUUUAUUGAAGUUGGAAGAAACUGACCUAUGAGAUGCAAACCCUUACUCUGAUUUCCAGGAAUAUUGUGCAUUUGGGACAAUGUUUCUUCACAGUUUAACUUAUUUAAAUGGUUGAAAUGUGUUCAAAUCUGUCCUUAGCAAAAGAAAACAGGUUGUUCCGCAGCGGUGGGUAUUAUGAAAGCUAAUCUUCUAUGGAAUUGCAUUCCUUGGCCUUUUUUGGGAGAAAUCUGAAUUCCUUUGCUGUAUUUCCUAGCACAUAUUAUUUUAGGGAUCUCUAAUCCUCUUUAAAUUUGGUUAAAAUUAGUGAAAGGGCUCUGGAGUUUUUUAACAGCAACUUCAAGAUGUGUAACAGACCUGUAAAAGCCUUACACGUUUUAGAAACAAGGCUAAAUAUGGCUUGUCAGUAAUUGCUUUUAAAUUAGCUUUGUGAAACUUAUUUAUUGUGGAAUGUAUCAGAACGUUUCCGCCUCUCCCUUUUAGACUGGAGGUGUAAAAAGAUUAUUUUUUAAAGUGUUUAGUUUCUAGCUGAAUUAACUGAUAGUCCUUUUUUAAAAAUUGUUGGUGAAGUCAUUGUGUAUUUUCAGGGAAAACAAGUGUGUUAAAACUGUCUUUGAAACCAGAUAACAUAUAAAUACAUAGAGGAGAGGGGUUCUGUCCUGCCUGGAGUACAGUCUAAGUUAUUAUGGAGGUCAGCCUUCCCAGAAGAUACUUAUCAUGGCUCUGGGGAACUUCUUAGCCUUACGCUUAGCCUAUUAGUUCAACCACUAAUGGAGCAUGUGGGACAAUCCGUGUACUGUGGGCCUCAGGCAUCAUGAACUCAGGGUUUAGAAACUUUUAAGGACUCUUCCUCUGAGGGAGGAGAAAAAAUGAGAUUUUCAAAGGUACUAGAACAGUGUCUAUUAAAAACCACGAUGUGCUGAGCUGGAAAACUAUGGGCUACAGAAUAGCCAACUUAAUAACUUGCCUUUGAUUACUAAAAAGCAUUACCUCAUAACCUGCAGUAUUUCCUAUAGUGAUGAACAGGGAGUACUGCAGACUCUGAGAUGACCUUAUUGGUUGGUCUUAGCAGAAGGCAGAAAUGCUCUGCUUUUGGUAUCAGCCACAGUGUAGAAAAUGAAGGCAGUUGGGGGUUAUCUCACACUGAAAGUCAAAGUGAAGCUAACUUUGGACUCUUAGCAAGUUCCCGACAAUCUUUCUAGAAUUGGCCACUGAUUCUGAGUUUCCACUUAAAAUAUUUUGGCCCUGGUUUUCUGAAGCAGUGAGCACUUACAGCUCCAGUGAAUGAGAGAUCAUACUGCUCAAUGCAGAUUUUCCGCCUCUCACAAGCUCUUUUGAAAAUCUGUUGGCCAGAACUUCAAGGUAAAAAUUAUAGUCAAAGCUCACUUUCAGUAGGAGAAAUUCUUUAUUUUUGGUCAUUAUAACGUAUGAUUUGGAUAUACAGUCUAGCACUAGAUCAUAGUAAAAGAUCUCCAUAAACUUAAUAGGAGGAAAUGGCACUCAAGGUAAGUAAACACAGUUUAAGAUCCAGGCACUUUUAAAGUUAAGAUUUUUAUUACAGAGGCAAAAUGGACACUGUGAAUUUGUUUAAGCCCAAAUUUUGACUUACCUUAAAACUGUAGGAUCGUAAUGUAUAUAUUGUAUUUCAUGAAGAUAAUACAUAUGGAUUUUUUUAAUUCAAUGAAGAUAUUUUAUAUGUAGUUAUUACUUAUGGAACAAUUUGUUAAAUAUAUUUAAAGAGGUCUGAUGCCAAAUGUAGUGUGACAAAAAAUGUAGUAUUUAAAAUGAGCACUAUACCAAAUAUAUUAUUCUGAUAAAAAAUUAAAUGUACCAGACUCAGAAUACCUUGUAA